UCUCUGGCAGGGCCAGGACGGGAGGCACUGGGGUUGGGGUCUGAGUGGCGCCCACGGCAAUGAAAAGGCCCCUCGGUCAGCAGGGAGGGACGCACAGGCCUCUGGGCACUUCGCUCUGCCGUUUCUGGAAGACCUGGGGCCGGGAUCCCGGUCCUGCUUUUCUCCUCUCAGUGGGACAUUGAACAACUCAACAGGAACUUACACUGCAGAGGCCCCAGGGCAUUGGCACAUCUUCUCCCCGCAAGGAUUGAGGUAACAAAGGUGCCUAUUUUAAAAACACUUCCUUCUCCCAGGUCCAAGCCUGAUGCCAUUUACCCUUGCAGCAAACUCAAGAGUUGAGUAUCUGGAAGCCCAUUUCACAGUGGAGGAAACUGAGGUUGGGAGCAGGGCAGUCACGGGCUGAGACACCAGACUCACUGGAGUCCCGUCCAGAGCCAGACUGCCUGCGUGUGAAUCCUGGACACUAAGUGUGCGGGAGCCUGCAAAGGAUUUUUAAAAAUGUGUAUUUAAAACUAUUUUUAAUUUUAUUUUUUAUAAAUAUUUUACUAUUUUUUUUUCUUUUGAGAGGGAGUUUUGCUCUUGUCACCCAGGCUGGAGUGCAAUAUCGUCAUCUUGGCUCACUGCAACCCAACUUCCUCCUCCUGUGUUCAAGGGAUUCUCCUGCCUCAGCCUCCCGAGUAGCUGGGAUUACAGGCACCCACCACCAUGCCCAGCUAAUUUUUGUGUUUUUAGUAGAGACGGGGUUUCACCAUGUUGGUCAGGCUGGUCUCGAACGCCUGACCUCAGGUAAUGCACCCGUCUCGGCCUCCUAAACUGUUGGGAUUACAGGCGUCAGCCACUGCACCCGGCCUAUUUUUUGUAAUAAUAGAACUAUAUAUAUAUAUGGAGAGAGAUGGGGUCUUACCAGGUUCCCCAUGAUUGGUCUUGAACUCCUGAGCUUGAGCCAUACUCUCGCCACGGCCUUCCAAGGUGCUGGGAUUACAGGCAUGAGCCACCGUUUCUGGCCACUCUCCAUGUGAUUUAACCUUCCCGUAGGGAUGAUAUAUAAAGUACCCAACUCAGAGGGUUGAUGAGGGAUUAGUUGAGUUGCAGAAGCAGAGCCCUUAGAAGGUGUCUGGCACAGAAUGCCACAGCCCUACCCCUGGGCCUGGAACUCCAUCCUGCUCUUGGUAGGAAGAAACAUGCUUUGUACAUGGGUUAGGGAGAGGAGGGAAUCUGAGGUCUGGAGAGGAACAGCCAUUUGCCCAGGGCCAGAGUGGGUUCGGGUCACCUGUUGGUGCAGAAGGCUUUCCUGGGCCCUCUGUCCUGCCCAGGUCCCCUUCCUAUGCCUUCCCAGUGCUCGUGGCGAGUUCAGGGCAGACUGCCUGGUUCACUCUUCUUCCCCUUCUACUUUACUGGCUCUUUAAAAAAUUACAAAAGGGAUCUCUCAUUUGCUCUCUGGCAAGGAAAUAAAAAUAAAUAAAUUACAAAAGUAACACAUGCUUUAAGAAGUUGAAUUGAUACAAAAUGUUAGUCACCUGUAUCCCACCCCUCCAGCUCUGCCCACCUGAGGCCACCUGGGAACAGUAUGGUAUGUUUUCUUUAUCUUUUUAUAUUUUUUUGAGACAGAGUCUCCCUCUGUUGCCCAGGCCGGAAUGCAGUGGCUCCAUCUGGGCUCACCGCAAGCUCCACCUCCCAUGUUCAAGUGAUUCUCCUGCCUCAGCCUCCCAACUAGCUAGAAUUACAGGUGUGUGCCACCACGCCCAGCUGAUUUUUGUAUUUUUGUAGAGACAGCGUUUCACCAUAUUGGCCUGGCUGGUCUCAUACUCCUGACCUCAGGUGAUCCACCCGCCUUGGCCUCCCAGAGUGCUGGGAUCACAGGUGAGCUACCGCGCCAACCAGUGUGGUGUGUUUUCAUCCUCCGUGUUCUGCAUUCUCACGUACGUUGUCCUCAUGCUGCUGUCAAAUUGUGCACUAGGCAUCUGUAGCACUUUUCAGAAAUUAUCAUAUACUCACAAUAAGCUUGCAAGAUACAUGUUAUUAUUAACCCCUUUUCAGUUGAUGAAACGGAGGCUUGGAGCGGGGGAUGAUCACAUACAGGAGGUGGUGAAGCCAGGGUUUGGACACAGGCUUUCUGCCUCCAGAGUUCUAAACCGUAUUCUCCUCCCUACAAACUUAUAUAAGGACAUUAAAAAAAAAUUCUAAACCACCUGCCUCAAUUUACCUUUUGUCGCCUAAUAUUUUAUGGGCAUCUCUCAAGUGCAGUACAUCGAAUUCCAAUUUAUUUCUUAUAAUAGUUGCACAAGAUGCCAUAGUAUUGGUUCAGCAUUGUGGAUGUUUUAGUUUUUCAAGGUUUUCCAGUUUUUUUUACCCCACUACACAAAGUAGUUUCAGACACACAUCCCUAUGCACUGGUGCAUUUAUAAGUAAAUUAUAAUCACAGAGUUAUUAGGUCAAAGAGCAUACACAUUUAAUUAAUAUUACUAGAUUGUUUUCCCCUAAAGGCUAGUAAUACUUCAUAUUUUUCUUUUCUUUUUUUUUUUGAGACAGUUUUCUUUCAGUCUUGUUGCCCAAGCUGGAGUACAAUGGCACAAUCUCGGCUCACCGUAACCUCCACCUCCCAGGUUCAAGCAGUUCUCCUGCCUCAGCCUCCCAAGUAGCUGGGAUUACAGGCAUGAGCCAUCACACCAGGCUAAUUUUUUGUAUUUAAUAGAAAUGGGGUUUCACCAUGUUGAUCAGGAUGGUCUCGAACUCCUGACCUCAGGUGAACCACCUGCCUCAGCCUCCUGAAGUGCUGGAAUUACAGGCAUGAGCCAUGGUACCCAGCAAUAAUUCAUAUUUUUGGAGCCUCCUCAUGCCAGAAAUGGGUGUUAUUACCUAUUUUUUUUUUUUUUUUUUUUUUGAGAUGAAGUCUCACUCUGUCACCCAGGCUGGAGUGCAGUGGUGCAAUCUCAGCUCACUGCAACCUCCACCUCCAGGGUUCAAAGCCAUUCUCCUGCCUCAGCCUCCCAAGUAGCUGGGACUACAGGGGCAUGCCACCACACCCAACUAAUUUUUGUAUUUGUAGUAGAGACAAGAUUUCACCAUGUUGGCCAGACUGGUCUUGUACUCUUGAGCUCAGCUGAUCCACCCACCUUGGUCUCCCAAAGUGAUUUUUUGUCAAUUACCUAUUCAUAUCCAGUGCCCAUUAAAAAAUAUUAGGUUGUUUGCCUUUUUGUUAUUAUUCACAAAAUGAACAAAAGAAUCCCAUAAUUGGGAUUGAGUUCUUAGGUGUGUACAUUUUGUGUAUUUUGGGUUUUUUUAGACACACUAAAGAGUAACAUAAAAAGUGUACAAACACUUUUUUAAAACAGAGUUGAUAGACUUAAUAGAGUAGUGAGCUUAUGAAUUUUCAUGAAGUGAAUCCAUCUGUGUAUCCAGUGCCUGGAUUAAGAAAUAGAGCUACACUUAAAAUUUUAAUAGGAAUUAGCAAAUGCAAUACCAAAAAGAUUUUAGUAUUUAUUUUUUCUACAAUAUGAUCAGUUUUUAAGUGUUUUACUAAUCCAAAGAACAAGAUCUCAUUAUUGCUUUAUUUGCAUUUCCUUGAACAUUUAAGAGGUGAUUAUCUUUUUACAUGUCUAUGGCUAUCAACAUCCAUUUUCAAGUCAUCUGUUCAUCUCUUCUGAUCAUUUUCUUGUUGAGUUAUUGUAUAUGGGGGAUAUUAGCCCUAUGUCUUAGCAGAUGUGCUACAAACCUUCUAAUCUGUUUUUAAAAAUCUAGAUUUUUCUUUUAUGGUUUCUGCGUUUCUUGUCUUGCCUUAAGAGGGACUUUCCACACUAAGAUUGUAAAACGUUUUCUAUUUAAAAAUUAUUUUGUGUUUUACUUUUAGAUCUUUACCUGGGCUAAAAUGUAUACUUGCGUGUGGUGUGAGGUAGGGGUCUGAGCCUGUUUACAGAUGGCUGGCUGUUUGGCCAAAUGCCAUUUAUUAUAUAAGUGAUAUGGUUUUAAAUUUCCAUUCUGACCCUUAUUAGCUGCGUGAUCUUGGGCAACUGGGUAGCAGUUGACACAGUCAAGCACUUCCUUCCUGAAAUACUUAUUUCCUUUACCUUUCGUGAUGUAAGAUUGCCUUGAUUUUCCUUCUGCUUCUCUGGCUGGUCUUUAUCCCUCUCUCUUUUUUUUCAGAGUAAUUUUCCAUCUGGACCCUCACAGUAUACAUUUUGUGCUGAGUAACCUUAUCUACAUAAUGGCUUUAGCUGUAGUCUAAAUGGAGAGGAUUCCUGUAUUUUAGUUUCUAGUCCAGAGCGCUUAGCUGAGUUCUGGAUCUUUGAAUCCACCUGCCCACUGGAUGCCUCCACUUGGCCGUCCCACCGGCACCUCCAAUGCAAAAUGACUCAUGACCUCCUUCUUUACAUCAGCACUCUCUCAGGAGUUCCCGUCUAAGGGAAUGGUAUCACGAUCUUCCCAUUACAAAAGCCAUAAAUUUGAGCACGAUCCUUGACCGGUUCCUGUUCCUUCCUCUGUUGUACCCAGCACCCAAAACAAUGCCCAGCAUAUAGUAGGGGCUCACUAAAUAGCUACUGAAUGAUUGAAUGGAUAUGCAAUUUACCACCAAGUCAUGCCAUUGUGAUGAAUUAGACCUAUCUACUUCCAGUCUCUGCACCCUGGUCCAGCCAUCGCCUCCUCUCACCUGGAUUUUGCCCUGCUUCCUUCAGUGACCUCCCUGCAUGAACUCUGGGCCUCUGUGAGGCCAAAACUCUGCUCAGGUCUUUUCUGAAGGUCACCCUCAAAAGUGAGUCACAUUUUUCAGUGGCAUCUCAUGAUCCCUAGAAUGAGGCCCAAGCUCCUCCCCAUGGCCCACAGUGUGGGCUGCCCCCAUCCUAGCCUCACUGUGCUCACUCCCAAGAGCCUCUUUCUGACUCCUGCAGCCACUCUCCCCUUCUUGCUGCUCUUGGACAUGCUUUGACUUCUCUGCCCCCUUGGGGACUUCAGACACACCACGUACAAGUUGUAAAUAGAGGAAGCUGGAACAAUUCAGGAACUUUGUACCUUAGCUUUGAGAUGACAAAACACCAAACCAGCCUUUUGUAAGAAGACAGGAUUAUUUACACAUCAGAUUCCUUUUUAUAUUUGUAUUUUCUUUUUUUCCCUUUCGUCCGUUCCUUCUUUUGAGGGACAGAUUCCUUAAAGACACUAAGAAUAUAAACAUGAGCCAGGGAGUGAAUCCUUCCCUUGUGACAGUUUUAUUUUGUCUGUAUCUUUAAAAAAUUUAUUUACUUAUUUUUUGAGACCAUUUCACUCUGUUGCCAGGCUGGAGUACAGUGGCCCAAUCUUCGCUCACUGCAACCUCUGCUUUUUGGAUUCAAGCAAUUUUCAUGCCUUAGCUUCCUGAGUAGCUGGGAUUACAGGCAUGCAUCACCACACCCAGCUACUGUUUUUUUUAAAAAGUAGAGAUGGCAUUUCACGAUAUUGGCCAGGUUGGUCUCAAACUCCUGACUUCAGGUGAUCUGCCCACCUCAGCCUCACAAAGUACUGGGAUUACAGGCAUGAGCCACCAUGCCUGGCCAUAUUUACUUAUUUAUUUUUACGUACAAUACAAACACUUUAAAUAAAGUUGAAGAUCAUCUCUGUGGACUAAGUGGUUAAGCCGAACACCCAGGAUGCAGCUGCCAAGUUCAGGGUAGCCCCAAGUCUCUUGCUCUGACUCCAACAGUUGGGUGAGCUUGCUGUCUGUAUGGCACACCGUCUUUUGUGUUGUGGAUGAUGCAGCGGCUCACGUGAUCCAUAAGUUUUGUGUGUACCUGCGUGCCCUGUCCCUGUGAGCUGGUCCUGCCCAGCAUCCUGGUGACCUUGAGGAAAGAAGCUGAGGUAAGACCUGACCUGUCUGGCUCCUCUACUCCCUUCCUUGGCCUGCAGAUUCCAGCCCCUACCUCCUUAUUUUUUUUUUUUUUUUUUUUUUUUUGAGACGGAGUCUUACUCUGUCGCCAGGCUGGAGUGCACUGGCGCAAUCUCGGCUCACUGCAACCUCCGCCUGGGUUCAAGUGAUUCUUCCGCCUCAGCCUCCCGAGUAGCUGGGACCACAGGCAGGUGCCACCACACCCAGCUAAUUUUUGUAUUUUUUUUUUUAGUAGGCAUGGGGUUUCACCAUGGGCAGGAUGGUCUCAAUCUCUUGACCUCGUGAUCCGCCCGCCUCGGCCUCCCAAAGUGCUGGGAUUACAGGCGUGCUGGGAUUACAAAGUGCUGCGCCCGGCUCUUUAAAUUUAUUUUUUAUUUUUUUUCAGAGACAGAGCCUUGCUCUGUCCCCCAGGCUGCAGUGCAGUGGCACGAUCUCGGCUCACUGCAACCUCUGCCUCCCAGGUUCAAGUGAUUCUCUUGCCUCAGCCUCCUGAGUAGCUAGGAUUACAGGCAUAUGCCACCAUGCCUGGCUAAUGUUUGUAUUUUUAGUAGAGUUGGGGUUUCACCAUGUGGGCCAGGUUGGUCUCAAACUCCUGACCUUGUGAUCCACCCACCUCGGCCUCCCAAAGUUCUGGGAUUACAGAUGUGAGCCACCGAGCCUGGGCAAUUUAUUUUCAUUUUAAAUUUCUUUUUAGAGGCAAGGCUUUGCUUUGUUGCUCAGGCUGGAGUGCAGUGGCACCAUCAUAGCUUACUGCAGCCUCAAACUCCUGGGCUCAAGUGAUCCUCCUGCCUCGGCUUCCCAAAAUUCUGAGAUUACAGACAUGAGAUACUGCGCUGGGCCUAUUCUGUAUCUUGUGGGUAUAAGAUUGAAACAUGCCUUGUGGGCAUUUACUGCAACUUCAAUGAGUGAUUAUUAUGUUGCCUUUAAUCCUAUAUUGUGCACUUUUGUUUGAUAGGAGGAAAUUAGAUUUCUUCCCUAUAUGUUUUAGAAAAUUAAGGUUUUAAAUAUCAGACUCACUAGCUACCCUGAUCCAAUCUGUAAUUAAUUAAGUCAGAUAAAAAACUCCUUCUUGGCUGGGCACUGUGGCUCACACACCUGUAAUCUCAGCACUUUGGGAGGCUGAGGCAGAUGAAUCACUUGAGAUCAGGAGUUCAAGACCAGCCUGGCCAACAUGGUGAAACUGUCUCUACUAAAAAUACGAAAAUUAGCUUGGCGUGGUGGUGCGUGCCUGUAAUCCCAGCUACUUGGGAGCCUGAGGGAGGAGAACUGCUCGAACCUGGGAGGCGGAGGUUGCAGUGAGCCGAGAUUGAGCCAUUGCACUCCAGCCUGGAUGACAGAGGAGACUCUGUCUCAAAAAACAAAACAACAACAACAACAAAAAAUUAAAACAUUAAAAAAGUGAAACUCCAGUUUUCUUGCUAUUAGCAAAAACCAUUCGUGUUCUUUGUUGUGUUAAAAAUUAUAAAAUCAGAUGGUGAUGAUUAACUUUUAAAAAACAUAUAUGAGAUAUUUCACAAGGACAUAUUUAAAAUACAGUGCAGAAUCUUGACUUAGCCUUCACUCCUUGCUGCUCCCAAGCCUGGGAUGCGCUCUCCCGUCUUUUACCUCUCCUAAUUGUCACCUCCUGUUUCUUCUGUCACCUCAUCAGGAUGACAUCGCCUGUCUGGUAUCUUGGAGGAGGACGGACUCCCCUAUUCGCUUUCCUCACGUCGUUUCUUCUGUGCAUUUGCCACAAUUGUAGUUUCUAAUUUACCUGUUUUUCUAAUAUUGUUGGUGCAAAGGUAGUUGCCGUUUUUGUCAUUGAAAGUAAUGGCAAAACCCAGUUUCUUUUGUAGCAACGUAAUAGAUUUCUGUCUCUUCCAGUAUACAAUGUGGUCUAUAAGGAGGGUCACCACGUAACAUAUUGUCCAAAUCAUGCCACUUGAAAGUGCUGGGAGGCUGGGCACAGUGCGUCAGGCUUGUACUCCCAGCACUUUGCGAGGCUGAGGCGGGCGGAUGACCUGAGGUCAGGAGUUCAAGACCAGCCUGGCCAACAUGGUGAAACCCUGUCUUUACUAAAAAUAAAAAAUCAGCUGGGCAUGGCGGCAGGCGUCUGUAAUCCCAGCUACUUGGGAGGCUAACGCAGAAGAAUCACUUGAGCCCGGGAGGCAGAGAUUAUAGUGAGCCAAGAUCACCCCACUGCACUCCAGCCUGGGCAACAGAGCGACUCUGUCUAAAAAAAUAAAACAACAACGAAAAAAAAAAAAAACCCAGGAGUUCCUGCACCCACAUUCUAGUGGGGAAGACAGGGAGCAAAUUAACAAACACCUAAUAACUAUUUUUAAAAACAGAUAUGAGAUAUUUCACAUGGUAACGCGAUUGGCGUGGUGCGGGUCAGAUAAACCGGCUCCCAAGUCGCAUCCUCAGCUUGGUCCUGGCGCCGGGGAAAAAGAUGCUACGCGGUUUCCUCCUUCAGCCACCAGAGGGUGCACUCUCCCCGUUUGUCCUCUUCGGCGCACUUUUUCCCCCUCACCUGUUAGUCACAGGGCAGCCCCUUAGCGGGACAGGGAUCCUGUUUUGUGACUUCCUGAGGGCCUGCCUCUCCCAGGGAGUAGUGUGCUCCUGUGAACGGUAAUAGCAACAAUAAUGUAGAGACUAAUAAUGCAGAGUACUGAGUUUUAUGCUGAAGUCCAAAGUCAUAGGACAUUUCAUUUUUUUCUUUUUUCCCUUUAAAAAAACUGGAUGGGCGUGGCUCGCGGCUGUAAUCCCAGUGAGUAAAUGCUAACGAAAAAGUAACUGUUUCCAAUGCUAUAUUUCAUGUAGAAACCAUGGAUAGAGUGCUAGAUAGAGUUUUGAGAGAAUUUUGGUAAUGUUUGAGGAAAUUACCCGAUAGUAUUAAUUGAACUAGGAACAUUAAAAUAAUAGAACACAAGUUUCUACAUUCUGAAAAUUUUCCAUCCAACAUACUUCCCAAGAUGGAUUCACUCAGCAUAAGGGGAGUGUGUGCCGCUCCCAGUUCACAUGAUCUUUACAAACACGUUUACUUUACUGGAUGCUUGCUAGUCAACAGGAAACUGUAGCUCAGAGAGGUUAAGUAAAUUUUAAAAUUCCACAGCUGGUAAUGGCGUAGCUGGGUCCCUAAAGUCAUGAGAAUUAUGAGAGUGUUAUGGGAACGUUAAAGGCACUGAAGCCAGAAACUGAUAAGACCAUUGAUCUCUGAGGAGUGUAAAUGAGGGGGGACGUAAAAGGAGGGGAAGGAGGCUAUUUUUAAUUUUUAAAAACCAUGUCUGGAAGUUUUAUUCCCUACACUCCUGUCUUUGAUGAUUUAGGGAGAAUCCAGGCGUGGGCAAAUACCCAAGAGCUAGAGAUGCUUUGUUCUCCUGACUUGAGUCUCAGUGCUUUCUUGUUGCAGCUUUUGCUGCUGCAGCAGGGCAUUUAAGCAGGAAAGGAUCGAAAUGUGCAGGUGGAACACAGCACUCCACCCACCCAGGCAGAAAGCAGAGGCACUGGUGAGGCCCAACCCCCUCCCUCACUGACAUCUGCCUACCUAACAUGCUUUCUGAACAUCUGAAAUUCCACCAAAUUCCUGCCUGUCACCUGGGAGAGGCUCCCUAAGGCCAGGUGGAAAUCACACCCAGAUGGCACCAGAAUGAUUCAGCCCUUUCUGCACUUGUUCCAGAGGGGAAGCCCAUGGCAGGAGGAAAACCCAAUGCUCUCCUGUGUGCCACGUUCUAGCAGCACCUGGGGUCGUGGAAAGUCUUUCCUGAGACUCGCUCAGGGCUGCCUGGGAUCAGGGGCUGCUUGCCUUUCUGGAGGAGCUGGGCCCAGGACUGAGAGGGGUUGCUGGGCUGGGACAGGGGAAACUGGGUCUAGUCUAGAUGGUGUCUCUGACCUAUAGGGGUCCUUCAUGUCAAGGUGUUCCUUAUAUAUAGGGAACUAGGGUGAGAAAAUAUGACCAACAGGUGUUGGAGUUUACUCUUAUUUCCCAGGAAGCCAUAAGAAUCCUGUGGCCCUGGAAAGAGAGACAAUGACUUUCCCCCAAGUUAUGUGAGUUCCCAAUAACUAGGGACGUGGCAGUGAGGGAUGCCACCCUGCUCCCUGUCCUCAAACAGCUCUAGGUCCACUGUCCCUAGACAGUGACAACCCGGAGCUGGGAACGCACAGGCAGCUGCUUUGGUAAUUUUAAUAUGGGGUUUUAGUGACCCCUGCCGAUUGCUGGGAAAACCCCCACCAGGGAAUUGUGAACUUCAGGAGAAAUGACACAGGUGGUUAUGUAUGUGGAAUGAAUUUUCUUCUUGUUUUUUGAGGCAGAGUCUCGCUUCAUUGCCCAGGCUGAAGUGCAGUGGCACAAUCUCGGCGCACUGCAACCUCUGCCUCCCGGGUACAAGCAGUUCUCCUGCCUCAGCCUCCUAAGUAGCUGGGAUUACAGGCACCCGGCCAGCUAAUUUAGUAGAGACGGGAUUUCAGCAUGUUGGUCUCGAACUCCUGACUUUAGGUGAUCCACCUGCCUUGGCCUCCCAAAGUGCUGAGAUUAUAGGUAUGAGCUACCACAACAAGCAUGAAAUAAGUGUUAAAAGUUAAAUAGGACCCAGUGAUACCGGAGUUAAGAAACAUUUUAGGCAGAUAGAGAGGGUAAAAAAGUCUUUGGUAAGGCUUUUCUUUUAAUGAAAAGCCGCCCCCCAUCACAUUCUUUUCUAACAACCAUCAGCCGUUAAAAUCGAGCUGCAGACAUAGAAGGGCAGGCUAGAAGCUUACACAGGUGACUGCCAGCAGUUGUACCGAUAGGAAAAGGCUACCUGGGACUGGGCAUUUUCAAAAUAGUGGCUCCAUCUUCUUUUCCUUUCCACAUGUACAGUAGACAGCAGACAACAUGGCGUCCACCAAGUGGAAAGUCCAUUUGCACAAUACAAUUAGGGAGGGGCGGCCAGAUUCCUCGAGCACUAUGUAACUGUCACAGCUCUUCCAACAACCUGUGGGCCCUAUGGGAAUCAGACACCGCCUCCUCAAACCUGUGGAUAAGAGCCAGUACACUCCACUGUGGCUGGAAGUCCCAUUCAGGUGCCUCUUGAGAAAGAGAGCGCUUUUCUUCCUCUUUUGCCUAUUAACCCUCUGCUCCUGAGCCCGCUUCCUGUGUCUGUACACCCGGUUUUCUUGGCAUGAGACCCUGAAUCUUGGGUGUUUACCCCAGAUGAUGACACCACUUUACCAGUUCAGCACUCCCUAAGAAGGAUUCAGGCUUGGUCCCGUGUGAAGCAGGUGGGCAGUUAAGCAGGUGGCUUUGGCUAGUUUUUGAGCAUGAGGCCAUGGCGAGGGUUGCUGCAUGUGGGCUGGAGUUUGAGUGAUUUCAACAUUCUUCUGCUGCCAAGAGAGCGCAUGGUGUGUCCAGAUGUGCACUGGAUGUGACCGAGAAGGGGCCGGGACGCCGACAAUAUCCAGAAACAGAAUGUUCUUAUCAUACAGGGAGAUGAACAGGGCUACUGGAAAACAGCUUCUCUGACCCUUUGAGAAAAUGUAGAGAGAAGAUUCCAGCCCAGGGAGGUUUGACCUCAAAGUGUCAGGAUUGCUGAGAGAGGGACUCUUGCAUCCACAGAGCCCUGGCCCUGCCCCGCUGCCCUCCCUCCGACCCGGCUUCUGACACCCCAUUUACCAUCAUCAUCUCCCACUGCCGCUUUCUCUACCUGGCCUGACUUGGCUGCCCUGAGAGAUGGGGGUCAAGGCCAAGGAGGGCCGGCUGGGCUCCUCUCUCCCCAGAGAUGCCAAGCCCACCCUGCCCUGUGGAAUGUGCUCUCUGGCACUGGCUGGUCUCCAGGCCUAAAUUCAACUUUGUUUUUACCACAAAAAACCAGGCCAAAUGUCACGCCCCAUCUCAGCCUACAAAGCACCUAGGACUGACUCUGUGAGCUCUCAACUCAUUUUUUUGGGGGAAGACAACAUGCCAGGGCAGUUAAUAAUUUUAAGAAAACAGAAAUGAGCCUGUGCCCAGAGGAUUUUUUCCUUCCAGUGUUUAGUAAUUGUUUGGCUGUGACUCACUAGGAGAAAGUCACAUUGCAUCAGUCUGAAGGAAAGUUUAGACACUGAUGAAUAAGACUGUGCUGUGCACACUCCUCUAUUUCUGUUGAGUCUAGUUUAAUGUGUAAGAUACCCAUGGUGACAAAUUGAUUCACAACCUGAGAGUGUCACAAUCCCCAUGUUGGAGAUCACUGCUCACCCUCCAGCUGCCCGAGAGGGGUGUAGGAAGAGAUGGCUGGGGCAGGCCUGCGUUACUUAUAGUUAAAAGAUUACAAGCUCACUUUGCUUUUUAUACACUGAGAUUUGUGCCGCGGAUCAUAUCCCAACUAUGAUGCAGUAACAUAAAAGCAGAGAUCAAGGGGUAACAGGAGGCCUCUGGUAAGGACUGUCUGAGAGCGCCCUGGAACUGCAGAACGCUGCAGAGCAGGAGAAACUCCUUUGGUCCCACAUCUCUUCCCAACAUAGAGUUUGCAUGAGGAUCUCAUAAAGGGAGCUUAUGCAUAGACUCUGGGAGGUAAUGCAGUCUCUGCUCACAAGACUUGGGAGGGUCUUUGCAGUUGGGAACCGGUAAGGCCGGAAGGCCUUACAGGGCAGAGAUCACUAGAAUGCCACAGGCUCUGCCUAUGUUCUCAGAAUAUGGAGCAAUUCCGAUUGUUCUGUGUGCACAAUGCUCGGGAGAUAAAAGCCCCUUGAUGCACCGUGUGUGGUCAGACCUUAUGGGCCUUGUCUGCUGCACCUCUCUUGCCAAAGCAGCUGGAUAGACAAUGGGUGGUCAAAUCUCAGACAGUGGGUGGUAAAAUCUUAGUAUUUCUUAGAAGAACCACAUUUGCUAUUGACUGCUGCAGACACAUGCUCUUCCCCAGCUAUCUUCCUUCUCAACCCCUCGUCUCCAUAGCCUGCAAGAUUAGUAGAUAAUACACCUAAUAAAAGUGCUUGGAGCCCAGAGCUCAGUGCCAACCCGGAUCACCCCAUGCUAGUGUGUUGGAGCCCUGGACCCGUGCUGUAAAAUUCUAUUCUUGUGUCUUUGUCUUUAUUUCUUUUCUCACUCCCUUGUGUCCACUGGGACACAGGGCACCCACAUACAGGAUUGGGCUGGUUCCCAACAUUGGGAGGCCAGAAAGCAGAGUGAGAUGGGGUGGGGGAUAUGGGUGCUUAGCUCAUCCACCCGUGAGAGCGAGUAGGCCUGCUGGUCCAUCACCUCCUGCCUGGUCUCCUGCUCCCAUCUCAAUCUCCCAGCCAGCCGCCUCCAAGCAGGAGUUAGGGAUUUUCCUGAAACACAAUCUGAUCACUUCUAUCCCCUGAUGAGGGCCUGCCUGUAGGUCAAGUGCACUGAGAAGAAAGACCAGUUCUCCCUGAGGCUCAUAAGGGGAGGUGGAGAAGGGGAUUGUGAGAGCUUCCAUAGUCUCCCGGGGCUCCUCAUUCUCUCAGCACCUCCACGUGUUCAGCAACCAGAAAGUUCAAUUCUUUUGUUCAACAGUUUUUAGGCCAGGAGCGGUGGCUCACACCCGUAUUCCCAGCACUUGGGGAGACCGAGGCAGGUGGAUCACCUGAGGUCAAGAGUUCAAGAUUAGCCUUGACGAACAUGGGUAAACCCCGUCUCUACUGAAAAAUACAAAAAUUAGCCGGGCAUGGUGGCGGGCUCCUGUAAUUUCAGCUACUCAGGAGGCUGAGGCAGGGAGAAUUUCUUGAACCUGGGAGGUGGAAGUUGCAGUGAGCUGGGAUUGUGCCACUGCACUGCAGACUGGGCAACACAGUGAGACUCCAUCUCAAAAAAAAGUUUUUAUAGUUUGGACUUGAUCGCUUCCCCAUCAUCACCUUUCUUGGAGGUUAGUGGGCGACACUGAAGGUUCCUACCCUCUGAUCCUCGAAUCUCUUUGUCUUUCUUCUUGUGACUGCCCUGAUGCUGAGGCUCCCUGGGGGCCCUACCCUAAGUCACAGUUUUAGCAUGGACUCAUGCUGUGUGAUCUGAAAGAGACUCAUUAGGAAUAACAAAAGACACUCCUGUCACUCAGGAAGUUCCAAGUUUAGCUUCGUGAUAGGAUUGAGGGCCAAAGAACAAACAUUUCCAUAUUAUAGCACGCUGGGUAAGCCGUGGCUUCGUCAGAUUGGACCCUCCUUGCUCUGCCAAAUUGGCAGCAUUUGUGAGUUACCAAUCCCAAGGGAGGACUCCCACUGCAGGGAGAAUGGCAAACGUCACCACCGCGCUGACCACCGGGAACAGGGGUCUGAACACUUCAGCCACUGCAUCUUGGGCUGCAUCUGACCACACUGAAUAUGGUGAACAGAACACCCACAACCACAGCCAGUUCCAAAAAGCAGGUUAAUUACUUACAGAUAGGCAGCAGAAGCGGAGGAUUCAUGACUCAGUGGUCCCCCAAGGCUCAGGAGCACUGCCCAGGGCAGAUGGAGCACUGCCCACAUGCACCACAGCUGUGGACUCAGCAGUGAGCGCUGAGUUUUAUACCCCACGGGACACGUCCUGGGUGAGUGUUGGAGGACACCCCCUCGAGGAGGGAUGGGAAUGAGGCCGGCCCUGUCCUGGUCAGUUUCUCUUUAGCUCAAGGUGUUGCAUUCUCUAGGAGGAAUAGAAACCAAGCCCUGGCACUUUCAGGCAGUUCCUUCUUUCCUAGGAUGGAGCAUCCGGAUACAGUUUGGCUCCGUGUCCCCACACAGCUCUUACCUCAAAUUGUAAUCCCUAUGAGUCAGAGAAGGGACCUGGUGGAAGGUGAUUGGACCAUGGGGGCAAUUUCCCUAUUGUUCUCGUGAUACUGGACAAGUUCUCAUGAGAUCUCAUGGUUUAAAAGUGUGUGGCAGUUUCCUUUUCCCUCUCUUUCUCUCCUGCCAACAUGGAAGACAUGCCUUGCUUUCCCUUUGCCCUCUGCCAUGAUUAUACAUUUCCUGAGGCAAAACUUAGCCAUGCAAAACUGUGAGUCAAUGAAACCUCUUUUCUUUAUAAAUUAUCCAGUUUCAGGUCAUUCUUUAUAGCCCCAUGAAAAUGAACUACUAUACAUUUCUAGUGCACUCUACAGCGAUUCUGGGAGCUCUGGGCAAGAAGAAAGAUGGGAAAGCCAGAGACAUCCAAUGCUUGCCUUCUGGUGCCCUCCUCCAGGAAGCCAUUCCUGGUGCCCUGGGCACUGGACCCAGCCUUGUUCACCCUGAAUCAUCACUGUUUGGAGAGGUGUCUGUUUCCUCCCUGGACUAUGAUACCCAGAAGGGCAGGACCUGGAACUAGGUCACAAUCGUAUCCACAGCAUCCGUUGGCACAGAGUAAGUGCACAGGGUGUAUUCAAUGAAUGAAUGAAAAAAGUGAAUGGAUGAUGAAAGCCCUGUGUUCAGGUUGUGUCUCACUCAAUCUGCCUGUCCUGUUAUGGUGACUUUGUGAGAAUUAUUGCUUGCAUGUCUUCAAACCUCCUCUUGCAGACAGCUCCAGGGCUUCCCUGUGAAGCUGCUGCUCAGCUGUGCCCUCUGGAGUCAGUUGCACUGGGGAAGGUCUAAGGCUGACUCCACAGCUCACAUUUUCCCCUGUUAGCCCUCCUAACACAGAACACAGUCACGUGCAGGGCUGCAGGAGCCCAGGCUGCCAACAUCAUCAACAGCCCGCUGGGAGAGGGUAGGGACAGGUGAGACUCAGAACCUUCUAGAUUCCUAAGUUUAUAAAUCUUUUGGCUGCAACUGCUAGGAAAAAUAGCUGUGACAUCAUCAUAUGGGUUACACACAGUCACAAAGAAAAGGGAAAGCAAAAAUUCAUAAGAGUGUGUCAGCCUCCGUAAGGGGGAGCAUCUCCAAACUUGGAUCCCAAUUGGCUUUUUUCAGAGGAAGCUUGCUUUCUUCUCAGAACAAGCACAUUCAAACAGGAAUUCACAUAGGAAGGAGAUUAAGUUCCUGUGGAGCAGAGGAGGAAAACCUUUCACUCAACCUGUCUGUCUUGUCAUGGUGACUUGGUGAGAAUUAUUGCCUGCAGGACUAUGGUUCUGUGGUCUUAACUGUCCUGGGGCCAUAAUGUAUUUGAGAGUCUGAAAAUAAUUAUAAACUUUUUUGCUCAGAUUAUCACAGAUAAUUGCAAAAUACUGUGAAAUGCCACUGUACUGCACAUUUAAACACACACACACACACACACACACACACACACACACAUAUUUAACUUGUGAGGCGCAUUGGAGGAGAGCAAAAAAGAACUGUCCAGACCUGUGGUGCUGAAUAGUCUGCUCUGGUUCAACUAAAAUAAAGUCCUUGAUCAAUUUGGUCACUGAAAGGACUUGUUCACUUCUUGUUGUUGAGGUAUCAAAAACCACAGCAGAGACCUGAUUUUCAAGGGUCUGCCUUAACAGAAAAGCCACAAAGAGCCGUGGUGAGAGCGUAUCAGAUGACGUCCAUGGUGCUUUCAGGAGGUAACAGGUGGCUGACCUCAGCCUCGACGUUCAAGAAGAUUUCAGAGGGUGGUUGAUAUUUAAGUGAAAGAUGAAGAAUGAAGAGGGAUGGGGCAUUAGGGGCUGAGGCAGGGGUGAUGCUGUGGCUCUCCCAAGGAGCUGUAUUCAGCCAAGAGCUGUGACAGCCGCGGUGGGGGUGUGCAGGAUGUGGGGGUGAACAUUUGGCAUGCAGCCUACUUCUUCAGGACCGUCUGGGCUGCAGAGGCUGGAAGCUUCAGGCUUUCCUUCCCAGCAGGCCUUGCAGCUGGGCUUCUGGAUGCAUUUGAAUCUCUCAAACACAGCCACUGUGCCUCUGGGUGUAUCCACAGUAAUGUCUCAUGCCCAGGCAAUAGCUCUGAAUUGCUGAGAGGCUGUUCCAACUACAGAACUGAUAUCCAGAUCUUGAGUCUCAGCUCGGUAGAUUGGUCUAGCUUCAUUCCUGGUGGCAAAUGCUGGGGCCUCUCUUCCAGACCCUCUUAUGACAUGGAGGCUCUUAAUUCACUGGACUGUGUCAUGUGGAGGAUCCUGCCAGAGCACGGAUCAGGUUUUGGUCAACAGAAGCUGCUUUGCAGGGAGCUUCUGAAAUCCUGACGUUAUGCUUGGAGAAACUGACUCACAGACCCAUCCUUGUCAGCCAGCAGAGGAGGGGCCUCUGGCCCGGGGAAACCCUGGACUUCCUUCUACAUACCUGACAUACCUGCACACCUGAAAUUCCACCUCAUUCCUGCCUAUUUCCUAGCAGGGCUUCCCUGAGGGCAGAUGGAAAGACCACCCCAAAGCUGCCAGGAGGGAGAUUCCUUCUAUUUUCUCCUGGAGUAAAAAGGCAAGCAGUGGGAAAGCUGCUGACAGCAGGAAAUGCCAGCGUCCUCUGGAGUUUCACAUUCCAGGAGCCGAGACCUGCCAGCCCUGCCCAGGAGCCCUGGAAAUACCAGACCUGGGUGUCCUCCAGGAGCAUCUGUGAACAGAGCCUUCCUGCCCUUCCGAGAGGGGCCAGGCCUGGGGAGUUUGGCAGCCCUCGGGUGGGAGUUCCAGAGACCUGGGUCCUGGCUCAGCCUGUGUCACUGACCACCAGCAGGACCUCAGUCUGUCUUGCUUGGAUCCAGGAAGUGGGGUGAGAGAAUUAUGGUGAUGGUCAUUUGAGGUCAGGAUUUAUAUUCACUGUCCAGACACCUGGGAUCUUCUCCAGACACUUGAGGACAGGCUUCUACUGGGGCAUCCUGGUCCUACUUCACACAGCUGGGCUCCCAGGCAGCCCAGGCAGAAGACAGACCCAUGUCCAGACGUGGAUGCCCCAGAGCGGGCAUGUUAGGAAGGGGGAUUCUGAGGAACUGGUGGUGGGAUUGGACAGAGUUGUGAUUAUAGGCUUUUCUGACACCUUAGGAAGGAGCAGGGACAGGAUCUGAAUCCAGGGCUGAGUGGCCCCAAAGCCUCAUCAUGUCUAGUUAGGGGCCCUUAGUGUCCAGGGAGCCCUGAACUGGCCCUCACUGUCCUCACACUGCCCCAGCCUCUGAGGCCCCCAUGCUCUGCUACAAUCUCCCUUCACCUUCCAGAUGCUGGGCUGACUCAGCCGCUCUAAGAAACUAGGCUCAGGCCAUGAGGGUGGGGUGGACUCCUCCCUCCUCUGAUGCCCACCCUGCCCCUGCCCCAGGAACGGUGCUCCCCUCUCUCACCCCAGCUCAUGCAGCCAGCCUCACCUUUUCUUGGUAGAGACAAUAAGACCUAGUACGGGGCUCCACUGCAGCCUCCCAGAAAAUGCCUGGAACCGAGGACCUGAGAACUGGACCCCUUUAUGGAAGACGCCAAAGGGCAGAUAUGUCAGUGGCUCUUAGAGAAGGAGAAGGUGAUCCCAGAUACUCCUGUGCUCCCAAGUGUCCUCCUCAUCUGGCUGUGACUCCCUCAAAAAACUAGAUGCCUAGUUCUAGAUAUACGCUAUUCUAUCAUAUAGUAACAUCACAUAAUAGAACAAUGUAAUAUUCUAUUAUUACUUGGAAUGCACAUAGUCCCAAUAAAAUGGUCCUAAACAGGCUGGGUGCAGUGGCUCACGCCUGUAUUCACAGCACUUUGGGAGGCUGAAGUGGCAGAUCACUUGAGGUUAGAAGUUCAAGACCAGCUCCGCCAAUAUGGUAAAACCCCAUCUCUACAAAGAAUACAAAAAGUACCCAGGUGUGGUGGCAGGAAUCUGUAUUCCCAGCUACUCAGAGGCUGGGGCAGGAGAAUCGCUUGAACCUGGGAUGCAGAGGUUGCAGUGAGCCAAGAUUAUCCCACUGCACUCCAGCCUGUGCAACAGAAAGAGACUCCAUCUCAAAAAAAAAGGAGGGGUAUAAUAAACAGUUGAGCACAGCAUUCUGGCUAAUGCACACUGUGCCACUUUCUAACCCAUUUUUUAAAAUUAAAAAUAAUAUUGUUUAUGCCCAACCAAAUUUCCUAAUCUGUGUCCUGGAAAACACUGCUCUAUCCCACUGCAGCGAGGCAUGGAGGACGUUGGAGCAGACAGGGAGAUGGUGCUGGAAGCAGGGUCUGCUCUGCCCCGGGAAAAGGUGGGAGCUGAGCACUCUGGUAUUUAUCAUGAGGGCUUUUCUGCUGCAGCCUCUUCACUUGUCUUCUGCCUCCAGAAAGAAGCCCCUGUUCAUGCUCCCUGGGAACACAGAUGCAGGAUCUUCCACACACACACAAAUUUGGCCACAUCCAUGCCCUGCUAGGACCUAGCCAUGGUGCCUACAGCGUGACGGGUCACCUUGCCUGACCUUGAAGAGAAUGGCUUGUUCAUGCCAGGUGUGGCCUUGUGAGCUCUUGAGCUGAGGAAUUCCUGCAGAAGCUGGGAGGGGCCCACAAAACUGACCCAAAACAGCUCCUUCCCCUCUGUCCUCACAUCAUGGCCCCAGGAUGGCUCUUCUCAGGGAAAAAGCACAUUAAGGAAAAAUACCUUUGAGAAUCUCAAGAUGGGUGUGGAUUUCUCCACCACAACUUCAACCACAAUAACCCAUUUAUUUUCCUACCUUCUCUCUCUCUCUCUUCUCUCACUGUGAUGAACUUCAUGAAGACACUGACUGAAUAUUCUACUCAGCUUGGCAUCGCCAAUGUCUUGACAUAAAGCCUGGGACAUGUGGGCUUCCAUGUGGACCUGUCCUGGAUAAAUGACCAUUAAUGAGACAGAGAAGGAGUUGAAGAGCCCCCAGAGGAGUGUGAGUCCCAGGGGUUCGGCCAAAUCCACUCCUGCCUUGCAAACCUGUGAAAGUCAGGUGCCUGAGUCACCCAGUCUCUCGCACACGAAUGCCAGGAGCUGCAGUUGUCUUGGCUGCUUUCUGCAUCUCCAGGCUCUUCUGCUCACAUGGAGCCCCAGUGGUCCCCACGAGUCCUUACCUGAUGCUGUGCCAGCCACACAUGAGAUGUGGGGACAAGUUCUACAACCCCCUGCAGCACUGUUGCUAUGAUGAUGCUGUCGUGCCCUUGACCAGGACCCAGAGGUGUGGAAACUGCACCUUCAGAGUCUGCUUCGAGCAGUGCUGUUCCUGGACCUUCAUGGUGAAGCUGAUAGGCCAGAACUGCAACUCGGCCCCGACCUUGGAUGAUAGGCUUUGUCACAGCUGAUGGAACAUAGGGGAACAAUGACUCCUGGAUUCUGCUUCCUGGAUGGGCCUGGAGAGAGAUGCUGGGGUCACCUGAGAUCUGGAAUGCUGAGUGGCUAUUUGGGGGCAGGGGAAACACACACUCAACCCCCCCACUUCAUUCUGUGACCUGUUUGAUGCCCACCCUGCAUGUGUCCUGACGAGGGCCACAGGUGCCCUUCUAGGAUUCUGGACAGCAGGCGAUGCAUGUGCUGAUGAGAGCCCAGGAACUCUGACCCCUCAUGAUGACUGACCUCUGUGGCCAACAUCAGGGAGGCACCACCCCAAGGCUGGUGGGGAAACCCUCACCAUUCUGUGAGAUUUUUCUAUUACCUCAAGUUCUUUUCUAUCCAGGAGUAAAGCACAGGACCAUAAUAAAUAUAUGUACUUUAU